AUGCACACCGACGAGAAGCAGGCAUUCCGUGAGGCCGAGAGCCUUCGCCGCAUCGCCUUCGCCGGCGUCGCCAUCAGCACGGUCGCCACCCUGACAUGCAUCGUCGCCAUCCCGGCGUUGUACAACUACAUGCAGCACGUUCAGUCGUCUCUCCAGACUGAGGUCGAAUUCUGCAAGCACCGCACCGAUGGUCUCUUCCAACAAUACGAACGCAUGCAAGUCGUCAAGGGAGUCCGCGGAAAGAUCGUCAAGAGGCAAGCCGGAUACGACAGCCCAGUCUCCAGCUACGGAGCACCAGCUGCCCCUGCCCCCGCCGCUCCCGCAUACGGUGAUGCCGCCGUUGCCGACUCUGGAGCUGAAGCCGGCGGCUCUUGCUGCUCGUGCGGAGUUGGUGAGGCCGGUCCCGCUGGACCCCCCGGAGAUGAUGGACAUGACGGACAAGACGGAGCCGCCGGAGACAACGGACAAGACGGAGAGGAUGCCGCCCCCGAUGCCCAGCCCUCCGCUGAUGACUUCUGCUUCGACUGCCCGGCUGGACCCCCUGGACCUGCUGGAAACGCCGGACCCAAGGGACCCAACGGAAACCCCGGACAGGAUGGACAGCCUGGACCUGAUGGCCAGCCCGGACAGGAUGGAGCCCCAGGACCCCAGGGACCCGCUGGACAGGAUGGACAGCCCGGAAACGCCGGAACCCCCGGACAGCCCGGUACCGUCUCGGAAGUGCCCGCCCCGGCUGGACCUCCCGGACCCCCUGGACAGCCUGGACAGCCCGGAAGCGAUGGACAGCCCGGAACUCCCGGAAACGCUGGACAGGACGGACCUCAGGGACCCCCCGGAGACAACGGAAACGACGGACAGCCCGGCCAGCCCGGUCAAGACGGACAAGCCGGAGAGGCCGGACCCCAAGGAAACGGCGGAGGCUGCGACCACUGCCCCCCACCCCGCACCGCCCCCGGCUAC